AUGGAAGUCGUAAGACAUAUGGAUAUGGGCGGCGGCUCCUCGGGAGAAAUGAGUUCUGCAAUGCACAUGGCUCUGUCUACCAUGAGUAUGGCUCUGUCUACCAUGAGCAUGGCUAUGGACAUGGCUCUGUCCACUAUGAGUAUGGCAAUGGCUUCAAGCACUUCUUCGCAUGCUCAUGGCUCCUCCUCCCUGUCGCUGGGUAUGGACAUGGGUGGCAUGUCUAUGAAUAUGUACUUGACCACAAAGUAUAAAGACUAUCCCGUCUUGUUUAGUGGCUUGAGUGCCCACAAUCGUGGUCAAGCGUUUGGUAUUUUUGUGCUCAUGUUCUUUGUGUCCUUUUUGAGCAAAGGCUUCGAGUUUUUGAAAAACUACUUGGAACAAAAAGUGUGGAAGAAUCCUAAUUAUGCUGUGACUCAAGUCACCAACGUUGUUGAAGAAUGUGCAUGUGACGAUGACAAAGAUUCCAACCCACACAAUGAUGUGGAAAGCUUAGGUGCUUCGAAUCAGCGCAAUGUGUCUGUGCCAUUGGUGUUGAUGAGAGAUGUUAUCAGGUUGGUUUUGUGUUUCAUUCCAGAGUUGCUCAGUUAUGCCAUGAUGUUGGUAGCAAUGAGCUUCUCGCUAGUUUACUUUUUUGCCGUUGUCACUGGUAUGGCUUUUGGCCGCUUUUUCUUUGAAAGAUUGAGCGAUACUAUUGGUGUUCGUCCGGGUGCAAAUAAUUUCCAGGGACACCAUUAA